AUGGGUGCAGAUAUGUUACGGAUGCAAGACCGAUUGACAGAACUAGAAAACAACGUGGCAGCGGAGUUAAGCAGCUUGAAACAAGAAGUACAUGGUAACAGUUAUUCAGUGUCACCAGAAGUGAAAAAGUUAAAAACUGAGCAAGACAUAAAGUGGCGUUUUGAAGGAAACAAAGUUCAGUUUAACUUUAACAAUGAAUUGUUGGAUGCUUACGAGUCGAAUCCGGUAGCGAGUGAUAGUGAAGAUGAGACCAAGAUUCACCGAGCUGAGUGCAGAGCUCUCAAGAAGAAACGCUCUUCAAGGGGUAAGGGGCGUGAUUUUGCUAACACUCGUCAGCCUGUGCAGUCGCCCUUUCUUACGGGAGGUGGGCGAGGUCAUUUUCGUCCAUACGGGUCCUUCAGCAACGCUUCCGGUUACGGUCCAGGAUCCACUUCCGUUUUCGGCUACAACGCAGUCCCAGGCUUCGGCAGACCACCCGCGCCUGGCCCAUGCUUCGCUUGUGGAGAGACCACCCACUUCCGGCGGAACUGCCCCCACGUUCGGGUUCAUGAGGAAGAUAUUAAUAGCCUACCUGAUGUCCUGCCGGAUAGAGUGAACCUGCUCCCGGACCUGCUACGCCAGUCACGCGCACACACCGGCAAGUGCGACGUACAGGGUGUUGCCUUCUAUGCUUACCUUAGCGCCGAUGUCUGUCCGGGGGCCCAUCAGAUCCUUGUAUUUGAUAUCCUGGUGACCAAUGUGGGGAGGGCCUACAACGCCCAUGAUGGCGCAUUUGUUGUUCCUGUUAACGGAACGUACGUAUUCGCCGUGUCACUUUUCUCUCAGGGAAAUAAAUUCGUCUGUGUUGAACUUGUCGUCAACGGUGACGUCAAAGGCGAGGUUUUCGCGGACUCAGAAGAGAUAAAUGACUAUCAUUCCUCAAGUGCUUCAAUUGUCGUUGACGUUAACGUGGGUGACCACGUGUACGUACGUCGCUGUGCCGACAGCACGUGUGGCAUACUUAGCCGAGCCUCACGUGGGCGAACCUCUUUCUCAGGAUGGUUUUUGAAAUAUUAAAAAGAAAAAUGCUUUGAAAUUGUGAACAGUGGUAUGCAUUUGACAUAUCACAUUGACAACGGACACAGUUUGCUGUUUGACAAAUGACUAUAAGGUUGACGUCGAAUGGUAUGGGAAACAACGAGUGUAUUAGUACAAAAAUAUAAUAUAUCACAUAUUUCCAAAAUAUCACCAUUGCAAGAUUCAAUAAUAGUUUAAUUAUGGAGGUUUCUCUUACAUGACCGAAAGUAAACUUUAUUGGAACUUUCAUUUCAAUUCAGUUAAAACUUUCCUACAUCUCUGUUAACUUAGAAUAUAACAUUUCCUACUUCUCUGUAGACUUUGAAUAUAACUUUUCCUACGUCUCUGUAGACUUUGAAUAUAACAUUUCCAACGUCUUUGUUAACCUAGAAUAUAACAUUUCGUACGUCUCUGUUAACGUAAAAUAUAACAUUUCCUACGCCUCUGUUAACGUAGAAUGUAACAUCUCCUACGUCUCUGUUAACUUAGAAUAUAACAUUUCCUACGUCUCUGUAAACGUUGAAUAUAACAUUUCCCAAGUGAAUGUUAACUCAGAAUAUAACAUUUCCUACGCCUCUGUUAACGUAGAAUGUAACUUCUCCUACGUCUCUGUUAACUUAGAAUAUAACAUUUCCUACGUCUCUGUAAACGUUGAAUAUAACAUCUCCUACGUCUCUGUUAACUUAGAAUAUAACAUUUCCUACGUCUCUGUAAACGUUGAAUAUAACAUUUCCCAAGUGAAUGUUAACUCAGAAUAUAACAUUUCCCACACCUCUGUUAACUUAGAAUAUAAAAUUUCCUACGUCUCUGUUAACUUAGAAUAUAACAUUUCCUACGUCUCUGUUAACUUUGAAUGUAACAUUUCCCACGCUUCUGUUAACUUUGAAUAUGACAUUUCCCACACCUCUGUUAACUUAGAAUAUAAAAUUUCCUACGUCUCUGAUAACUUAGAAUAUAACAUUUCCCACGUCUCUGUUAACUUUGAAUAUAGCAUUUCGUACGACUCUGUUAACUUUGAAUAUAACAUUUCCUACGACUCUGUCAACUUAGAAUAUAACAUUUCCUACGUCUCUGUUAACUUUGAAUAUAACAUUUCCCACGCUUCUGUUAACUUUGAAUAUAACAUUUCCCACACCUCUGUUAACUUAGAAUAUAAAAUUUCCUACGUCUCUGAUAACUUAGAAUAUAACAUUUCCCACGUCUCUGUUAACUUUGAAUAUAGCAUUUCGUACGACUCUGUUAACUUUGAAUAUAACAUUUCCUACGACUCUGUCAACUUAGAAUAUAACAUUUCCUACGUCUCUGUUAACUUUGAAUAUAACAUUGCGUACAACUCUGUUAACUUUGAAUAUAACAUUUCGCACGACUCUGUAAACUUAGAGUAAAACAUUUUCUACGUCUCUGCUAACUUAGAUUGUAACAUUUCGUUCGUCUUUGUUAUCUUAGAAUAUAACAUUUCAUACGUUUCUGUAUACUUAGAAUUUUAUUUUAGAAUAUAACAUUUAUUACGUCUCAUUUUCCAAUUUGAUAUCUUAUUAUACGAAUACUCAUUAGUUUAUGCAAAUGUGUUUAAAUGAUCAUGCUGUUAUGAUCAUGCUGUUAUGAUCAUGCUGUUAUGAUCAUGCUGUUAUGAUCAUGCUUCAUCUCAUGUUUGAAAGGAUCCUUGACUCCUUAGUAAAUUGUUGACAAUAUUAUAUAUUAUUUGCUUAUUUUAAAAUUGAUACAUUAAUUGCAAUCAUUAACGAAUAUACAUCUUUUAGUUGACGUUUAUAUUUUACCACUGUACGUUUUUUCCAAUCUACAUCCGCAGUGAAUCAGCACUCAGUGGCCUUUGUAUACGUCAUUUCCAUACAAUGUUCUUUAGUACGGAGUUAUAAGGGAGGCGAAUGUCAAUAAACUGAACAGAAUGCCUCUGCA